UUCUACCAGGGCUGGCGGCACUGUGGCGGUGUGUGGGAGGCCUGGCAUGCGGACGGGCAGCCUCCUGCUGCCUACAGAAGCCGCUUCACAGUUUGCACAGGAGGUGAAGGGGCGCUGUGGGCUGGCACCAUGUUUGGGGUCCUGGGGAGAUGCGUGAGGGAGAACAUCUGGAGAUGGGCAGGCCUGGUUAGAGCUUGUCUUUCAGGAUUGGCUGCUUCAUUCCCAUGGGCCCGGUUCCAGGAGAAAGAUCCCAGUGACCUAGUUAGAGGGGUGGGACAGGAACGAGGCCUGGACCAGGGGCAGGGGUGAUCCUCUCCCCUUCUUGCCUCAUUCCUUGGGGGCUGUGCAGGGAUGUCUGAGUGCUCUUCUCAAAGCAGCCAGGGAAUAUGCUGGCCCGAGGGGACCCCUGCUGCCUGGCACCCCCGCCCAGUCUCCUGGGAAUGGGAGACCAGGAAUGCCCAGUCUAUUUUGGUUGAGGGGCGGGACCUGUACAGCUGGCCCCUCCCUGAGCAGGGCCUCAAAUACUGCCUGGCAGUGCCCGAGAUGCUGCCAGUGGGGCCCCGGCGGAGUUGGGAACAAGGUCUACACCUGGAUCUCAGCCAGGUGAGAGGCAGGCUGGUGUCUGGGUGGGGGCGGCUGGAACCUUGUCUCUCUGGGAGAUGGUCUCCCCAGUAGGCCUGAGAACAGCCAGUGGAGACAUGGAGGGCGAUGGGGGGGAUGUACCUUAGACAUAGCCUGAGCUCCGGAGGGUGAGGGCGGAGCUCACUGGGUCUGCCCCUCCAGCCCAGGCUCCUUGCCAUGGGUGGGCCCCAGGUACUACUGGCAGCGCUCUGGGUGCUGGGGGCAGCCAGGGCGGCUGCACUGCGCGUUGGAGCCUUCAACAUCCAGAGUUUCGGCGACAGCAAAGUGUCUGACCCAGACUGUGGCGACAUCAUUGCACAAAUCCUAGCCGGCUAUGACAUAACGCUGGUGCAGGAAGUGCGGGAUCCGGACCUGAGCGCUGUGGUUCAGCUCAUGGAGCAGAUCAACAGCAAGUCCAAACACGAGUACGGCUUUCUGAGCAGUGAGCCCCUGGGCCGUGAGCAGUACAAGGAAAUGUAUCUGUUUGUGUACAGGAAGGACGCGGUUUCUGUCCUGGACUCCUACCAAUAUUCGGAUCCCGAGGAUGUCUUCAGCCGGGAACCUUUCGUGGUCAAGUUCUCGGUCCCUGGCACAGUGGCCAAAGAGCUGAUUCUGGUCCCGCUGCAUGCAGCGCCGCACCAAGCAGUAGUGGAGAUUGACGCUCUGUAUGAUGUGUACCUGGAUGUGAUUGACAAGUGGGGCACCGACGACAUGCUCUUCUUGGGUGACUUCAAUGCUGACUGCAGCUACGUUCGCGCACAUGACUGGGCAGGCAUUCGCCUGCGCAGUAGCGAGAUCUUCAAGUGGCUCAUCCCGGACAGCGCGGAUACCACAGUGGGCAAAUCGGACUGCGCCUAUGACCGCAUUGUGGUGUGCGGGGCCCACCUGCGGAAGAGCCUGGUGCCACAUUCGGCCUUGGUACACAACUUCCAGGAGGCAUAUGGCCUGGAUCAAGCUGGGGCUCUUGCUGUCAGUGAUCACUAUCCUGUGGAGGUGACCCUCAAAUCUCACUGAUGUGGGCAGCACCUGCAGACUGCCGUGAGGAAGGCCCCACGAGCAAGACAGGAUGAUGGGCCACCCACUUUCAGGCUGCAGGGCGGGACAGCUGGGCUGGACUCAUGGCCCUGGACACAUUGGGGUCACCGGGGCCUUAUCCCCACCAUGUGCACGCUGGACUCUGACGCUCACAUCCAAGGCUGUGAGGAACAUGGGGUGGCUCAGCCCAAUAAACACGAGCAGGCCUCACUAGGACCAA